AACCACAUCAUGCAUAUAUCACACAUCACUCAAAACAAGACCUCCAAAUAAGGCCAAAUCUUGAUGGACUUCUUAGAUUUUAUUCUUAUUUUUGUAGCCAUUGCCUCAUUCUUAUUCAUCCACACUUGGAGGUCUAAUAGAAAAAAUCCCAUAAUUAAUUUGCGCUUCUUUGGUAUGCUACCAUCAGUUUUAUGUAAUCUUUCCAAUAUCCAUGAUCACGCAACAACCACUUUGAAGCAAUGUGGAGGUACUUUUUUGUUCAAAGGUCCCUGGUUCACAAACCUCAACUUUCUCAUCACCAGUGAUCCUAUGAAUGUGCACCACAUUACUAGCAAGAACUUUGACAACUACAUCAAAGGCUCUGAGUAUUAUGAGAUCUUUGAAAUACUCGGAGAUGGCAUCUUUAACACUGAUUCUCACAAAUGGAAGCAUAGCAGGAACAUACUUCAUUCAUUGUUCAGACAAAACUCGUUUGAGAGUUUAGUUGUGAAAACCAUUCAUAAGAAGCUCCACAGUUGCCUAGUUCCACUUCUCAACGAUGUAUCAGAAUCAGGAACUGUUGUGGACUUGCAAGACAUCUUUCAGAGAAUCAGUUUUGACAACAUCUGCUCCAUAGUGUUGGGGUUUGAUCCUAAAUCCCUUCCUAACAAGCUCAUCGAGUUCCCGGAAGUUGCUUUCGAGAAAGCUUUCAACAUGGCAGAGGAUGCAAUAUUCUACAGACACCUUGUCCCAAGGUUUUUAUGGAAGCUUCAGAAAUGGCUCCAAAUUGGACAAGGGAAGACCUAUACUGAAUGUGAAAAGAUAGUUGACCAAUUCUUGCAUCAGUGUAUAUCAUCCACAUUCCAAGAGAAAAGCCAAGUCAAGUGCACCAAAGAUGAUGAUGAACCAACAUUUAACAUGCUCAAAGCUCUUGUGGAGGAAAGUGGAAUGGAACAAAUAGAUCGCAAGUUUCUAAGAGAUAAUGCAUUGACUCUGUUAGUAGCUGGAAGGGAUACAAUUAGUUCAAGUCUCAGUUGGUUUUUCUGGCUAGUUUCAACCCACCCUGUUGUUGAAGCCAAGAUCCUUGAAGAAAUCAGAGCAAACUUUAUAACCAAAGAAGAAUAUUGGCUCAUCACUUCAAGGGUAGAAAAUCUUAACAAGCUAGUUUACCUGCAUGGAGCUAUGUGUGAAGCAUUGAGACUUUUUCCUCCAGUUCCUUUCGAGCACAAAUCUGCAGUUAAAUCUGAUAUACUCCCUAGUGGACAUCGUGUUAAUGCAAAUAGUAUGGUAAUUUACUCUCUAUAUUCAAUGGGAAGAAUGGAACAAACAUGGGGAGAAGAUUGCUUGGAGUUCAAGCCAGAAAGGUGGGUUUCUGAAAAGGGAAGCAUCAUACACAUACCAUCUUACAAGUUCAUAGCUUUCAAUGCAGGACCAAGAAGUUGUUUGGGUAAAAAUAUAACCUUUAUUCAGAUGAAGAUCAUGGCCAUUGCUUUGCUGUGCAAUUUUCAGUUUGAGGUGGUGGAAGGGCAUAAUAAUGUGUGUCCAUGUGUUUCUGUUGUGCUUCACAUGAAACAUGGCUUGAAGGUCAAGGUUACUAAAAGAGGCAUUAUUAAUUAGAUUUAGGGGCAUCUUCUAUAAUCUAUAUGAUUGGAUUCCAUUGUUGUACGAACAUUAUAUAUCAUCUUGUCAUGUGUAUAAGAUAAUUAAGUGAAGAAGUAAAAAGCAUAUCGUCAGCUGAUGUAUUUCUUUUCAUCA